CGUGUGGGUGAAACUCUAUUGUAGGUUUCCGCGUGUUCGCAUGAGACGCACUGUGUUUGUAUGUACUUGCCGAUUGCAGCGCUUCUUGCGGAAGUAGCAUGAACCAUUCAGUUAGUUAUAAAUUUCGUUUGAAGAUAGUGUUUUACAAAAUUUACAAGUUUCAGUUCUAUUUAAAAUUGAAAGUUUAUUUAAUUAGUUGAACCUUAAGUUUAUUUUGUCGGUGAGAAUUAUGAUAAAUUCAAUUUAGAAACCAUUUUUCUUAACUAGUUUGUGUGUAAAUAUUUAAAACACAAAGUGUAUUUCAGAGCUUCAUAAGUUUUAUAUUUCAAUUUUAAAAAACAGAAUGUGUUUAGUGUUUGUGUAAGUGAAAAUGUGAUAGUGUUUGUGUAAAAUAGGAUGACAAAAGUUGAAUAUGUAUCUAUUUUUGUUAGUACAGGAUUAACCAUCAUAUUGUAUAACAAAAAAGGCUCAGACAAGGUGUGUCUUCAAUCAGCCAGCAUGUUCUGUAACUUCUCUGUAAAAGAUGGGUUGGAAGAAAUGGAAGAGGAAAGUUUUGGAUGCACAUUUCAGGCAGAAAUAAGGGUCGCGAAAGAGAGGGGAUUUGCUAGAAUUGAAUCUGACUUCCAUCCACCGUGCCUUUUCAAGGUCGUGAUGUUAGCUCCUGCAUCUGCCAACAAAGUUGGAGACGUUCGCCUGAAGCAAUUUCCCGUGUACAAUUCCACGUUAUCCAAAUUUAAAUAUUCAGCGACACUUUGCGGUAUUUUCGAAAUUUUAUUAAUUCCUAUCACUUGAAUUGAACAUUCACCAUUUUGGUAAUUCAAAAAAAACCGUUCUGUCUGCGUGUGUGAUGGGCGAAGUUGAAUAUAUUUCCGUACGUAACCAGAAAAUUCCUCUGUUAUUGUAAAUGAUCGAGAAACAGAUGUUUUAGUUUUCGGUAUUUUUACAAAAUUCAUUUUACCGUGAGAUUCGACAUCUUUUAACGUGACAUUCACGAGCUCGUGACUCCGACAACAACCAGUAACACCAAAGAUAAGAAUAACCUAUACGCAUAAAAAAAGAAUUAUAGUAAAAAAAAUAAUAAUAUUAUAGAAAAUACUCGUUUAUUUAAUUAUAAAAAUUACCUUAGAUGCUAAAUAUUCAGUGUCCGAAGCUUCAGUUAAAAAUUUAUUCACCUCUGUUGGAGUAAGUACUUCUGACUUCUUUGCCUGAAAACCUUUGGAAUUGCUUUUCAAAAAAGCUGUGACCUUAUUAUACGAACUAAUAUCUAUAUUAUUUUUUACUUUUAAAGUUGUCCGAAGCAUCGAAUAUUGAGCCCAUAAGGUAGAUGGAUUCAAGGUCUU